GCACGGUUUUUAUCCCUAAUGACCAUGUUGUUUUGAUGAUGAGACUGUGGAGAUUGAGGCGGAGAAGUGAUCCUAAUCCUGAUCCUCAGUUAACGGGGUUGCGCAUUUCUCCGGAGAAGGUUGAGAAGAGGGAGAGGAACGGAGACGAGACCUGGUGCACGGUUUCACUGAACAGUUCUGCUCAUACUACUCCGGGUUCAUACAAGAAAGGUAUUUCAAGCUGGGGAAGAAAGGUGGGACGAAGAUUAGAACAGCUCUCUAUCUCCGAUAAUGAGACUUUAACCUACAGUGUUAAUCCAUCCCUCAACAAUAUAUCCAGAGAGAUGCCGAGAAUUCGUCGUAAGGUGAGCAGGGUUGAGUCCUUAAAGAGAAUAAUCUUCAGCAGGACCGCUGGAGGAUUCGAGGACAAGAAACGAAGAUCUAAAUCUGCUGAGACGGAUUUCAAGCGCUGUACUGUGGAUAAGGGUGUAGGACCAGACUCAGGAUUGUCCUCAGAGGAUGAUAUAAUGACCCCUCGUGCCAGCUGUUAUGAUCUAACCUCGGAGAUCGGAGAGUUCGACUCCGUCUCACAGAUUUCCUGCCUCGACAGCCAAGAUCGCUGGCAUUUUCUCCGGCGAGGUUCAGCCUCAAUCUGCUCCGAUAUGAUGUCUGGAGCAGUAGAUGAUACUAGUACAAUAGUUAGCUCAGCUAGUAACAAGAAAGCUCACUUCCCCUACUCUUAUAUCCGGAGCAAGCUAACCACGCUCCCUGAGGAACUCCAGAACUCCAUCUCUAGACGGGAAUCUAUGAAGUCCAACUACCAGUAUUGUACAGAGGACGAAUUCUCAAUGGUCGGAACUCAGUCAGAGAUUGGACAGAAACAGUCCAGCCUGGCUCCCAGUCAAAGGUUGAAGAUGCUUGCUCUAAGACGAAAGAAGAGUCGAUCUCUAGCCGACCUACAGCAGAGUUGUCCCCCUAUUCUGGAGAAACCUCGUAACUCACGUGCGGACGAGAGUGGAUAUGACUCCGACACUAGGAAGAGUGCGGAGACUGUGUCACCUAAAGGAAGUGACAAAAGCGACUCCGAUUCCAGUGGAGAAACCAGUGGAAGCUUCACCUCCGAUAGAAAAGACUCCGACGAAGAAUCGUUUGAGGAGCCCCACUACCAGGUUCCACGGAGAGCAGAGGUUAGACCAGUAACCCCACAGAAACCUCCGAGGAAAAGUAAACUACCGGAGCCAGAAUAUCUCUCUAAGUCAGUGACGAGAACCAAAAGUCAGCCGGUCGUUCCAAUGACCGGAGACAAACCCCGUUCCUCCUCCGUUCCUAAAGUCAGUCCUCCGUCGCUGAGUAGCAAAAAUUUUAAGAUGAUGCGACUAGUUAAGGACUCGUCUAAUGAACUCGGUAUUAUCAUCAGUAGCAAGAAAAACGUAUCCAAUGGUAUGACUGGAUACUCCAUCGCUCAUAUAGAGCCCCAGGGCCUGAUUGAUAGGGACGGUCGCUUCCUUAUUGGCGAUGAAAUAAUCAACGUGAACGGGUCCAGUCUGCGCGGGAUCAGUAUGGAGCAAGCCAGAAACAUCCUUGGGACCUGUGGACCGGAAAUAGAUAUCAUAAUAGCGAGGGACCAGCAAUCCAACCCUGUUGUACCCCCUCCACCCGUCACCAAUGGUGCUGGAGAGAGGAGAAAGAGACGAAAGUUACCCAGUAUUGAACGCCCACAAUCCGCUCCGAUUUAUAACAAUGUUGUGACAGAACGAACCAUUCUGGCGAAAGGAGAUCUAACAAAGACCGUGAUUACAAUAGGGGACGAGGAGUACCUGGAGGAGAAGAGUGCUGUAGCGGAACCACCUCGGAGUAACAUUGUUAAACCGAAACCGAAACCUGGGAUGAAAAACAGCAGAAUUCCGCAGAGACAUCAGUUCUCCGGAGUCAGUGUUCACACUGUGGAGUUCGAGAAGGGACCUGGGAAAAAGGGACUUGGGUUCAGUGUUGUGGGGGGAAUAGAUUCCCCCCGGGGAAGUAUGGGAAUAUUUGUAAAGACGAUAUUCCCGGAGGGUCAGGCAGCGGAGAGACCGGAUCUGAGAGAAGGCGAUGAAAUCUUAUCCGUGAACGGACAUAUUCUCCAGGGAAAGUCUCAUGGUGAGGCAAUAUCCGUGUUUAAGAAUAUCAGGCAAGGUUCAGUUUCUCUUCACAUUGCUAGAAGACAACAGCUUCCUUUGGGAAAGAGAAAGUUCAAAAGUCAGUCUUGUGAGGAGCUGGAGGUCCUGGAGGAAUAAAAUUUUGCUGCUGUGAUAAACUUUUCUUUUCUUAAAUCUCAUCCUGUAAACCUUGUAAACCUGUAAACCUGUAAACAUGUAAACCUGUAAACAUGUAAACCUGUAAACCUUUACUCCUUGUAACCUUUUAAAUCUGCGCCGCCAAUAUAUGUAAAUUCAUAGAUCCAAGUCCUGUAAACUAGUAAACCUUUAAGCGUGAACCCUUUUAAACCUGUAAACCUGCUCAAACAACCAUACAUCCCCCCCACCCUGUGUUUGUCUGAACUAUUGUUGUAUAUUAGCUCCUCUUAACUAACAACGGAACCGAAUCACUUUAUUUUUUGCUGUGCCGAUCACAAGAUAUUCUAGUUCAAAAACCAACCAAAUCCAGGGUGACCUCCCCCCCUUCCCCACCUCAUAAAAUAUAUGAUAUAACUGUUUAUAACCGAGCUGUACAAUGCUCUCUGUACAUUUUUUUCUUUUUUUUCGGGCUGUAAUGUGCACUGCAACUUUACAGAAUGUUCAAAGUAUUAUUUUAGCGGGACUCUGUAUUAUAUGUUUUCUCUCUUGAAUUUAAAUGUAUUUAUUGUAUUUAUGUAUUUAUAAUUGUUACUAAAGUACAAAACAAAUAAAAUUUUGUUUAUUA